AUGAGUUUGAUAUCAUCAGAAACUGGAUCCGUAGUGUUUAUUACUAUACUACUUUGCCUUUACCAAUCUUAUGCUCAAAGUAAAGUGUUCGAUAUUACGCAAUAUGGUGCAACACCGGAUGAAAGCAUAGAUAGCACUAAGGGUUUGAGUAUGGCAUGGAGGGAUGCGUGUGCAAAUAAGGGAGGUGGUGUGGUUUUAGUACCAUCAAUAGGGAGGUUCUUGGUUUUGCCCGUGUUGCUUCAAGGUCCUUGCAAUGGCCUCAUUCAACUUCAAAUUAAUGGUGAUCUCUUGGCUUCUUCGGACAAGGCUUUCGCCACAGGUUACUCUUGGUUCAAAUUCUAUCGAGUCACCAACUUGGUCAUCCAGGGUCUAGGCCGCUUCCUUGGCCAAGUGAUAGCACCAGAAGACAGUCCUAACACGGAUGGCAUCCAUAUUUCCAAGUCGACGGGUGUCACCAUUAUGAACUCAAUCAUCUCCACCGGAGACGAUUGCAUCUCCUUUGGCCCUGGAAGUAAGGAUGUUAACAUAACUAAUGUUCAUUGUGGUCCUGGCCAUGGAAUUAGUAUCGGCAGUCUUGGAAAGUACCAAAAUGAACCAAAUAUCGAUGGAAUCACAGUACGGGACUCCCAAUUCGUUGGCACGAAAAAUGGUGUUCAGAUCAAAACAUGGUCAAAAUCAUAUCCAAGUGUGGUUAGCAACCUUACAUUUGUGAAUCUCAAAAUGUAUAAUGUUGAAAGUCCUAUCAUGAUCGAUCAGAACUAUUGCCCGCACAAUGCUUGCCAUAACAAUAAAGUGAGCGUGUCAAGAAUACAAAUCAAAGACGUCAAGUAUGAAAACAUAAGGGGAACAUCAGCGAAACAAUUGGCGGUAACUUUGAAUUGCAGCCAAGUUGUUCCAUGCCAAGGUAUAGCGCUAAACAACAUCAACCUAGUCUUCAAUGGCAGUGGCUCUUCAACUUCCGUUUGUCAAAACAUCCAGGGUUCUGCUUCUGGCCCUCAAUUACCUCCCUCUUGUCUUUAA